CGCUACACAUCCACGUUUCCUCUGACUGAUGUUCUGUCUUGAAAGUUGGUCAAAUUCGAUGACAAUUCUGUGUUAAAGCGGCUUUUACCGGAUCUGGCGAAUGUCCAUAAAUUGUAAUGGGUUUAAAAUGUGCACUGAUAACAAGAUAUUAAUUCAUGUUGCGUCGUGAUGACACGAGUCAUGAAAGAAUACGAUCCAAAGUCUCUGAUGGCGCCCUUUUGUAUAAGGCUUCAGUUGAUAAUCUACCACCAACUCACAGUAGAGUGCAGUUCCGCCUCCGAAUUCAGUUUGGAACAUUCAUGUGUGUGUACUUACUUUGCUCGAGUGAGGUCGGCCAAGUCCACUAAAUCACAGAUCAUGAGCAGAAGACAGAUACCCUCAAUCGUAGAUUCAAAAGGAAACCCUUUUUGAGAUUUGGAUUUUUUGCACCUUGCAAGAGGAUUUAGGUCUACUGCUUAAAAUCGAGAACCUCCACAUUGCAAAUUAUGAACAACAGUGCGUUCGGGAGACGACGUAAACCGUCUACCCAUGCUGAAGUCAAGAUAGCUGUUACAGGAUUAAGAGGAGUCGGGAAAAGUGCAAUUACUGUUCGUUUUCUAACUAAGAGGUUUAUAGGAGAAUAUGGACAUGAUCAGGAGACAAAAUAUCAUCACCAAACUAAAAUCGACGGUGAUAUAGUUUCUAUGGAGAUACUUGACAUAAAUAACCAGGACAUAUUCACAGAUACACAGCUAAUUGAGUGGGCAGAUGGCAUCAUGCUUGUCUACUCAGUAACUGAUAGACAGAGCUUCGAAGCGUUGUGGAAAGCCCAGAAUAAGAUAUCGGAGGCUAGAAAAGCGUUUCCUGUGCCGUUUACAUUGGUAGCAAACAAACAAGAUUUGCUUCAUGCUCAAGUUGUUGAAACUGCCGAAGGUCGAGAGUUAGCUAGUGAAUUAGGUUGUUCUUUCAAGGUGUUGUCAGCGGCGGAACAUUAUAAACAAAUUGAGGAUACAUUCUACGACCUGUACAGGGACAUGAAAAUGCUUAAACAUGGUGCCAAGCCUUCAAUUAUGGGACGAAUGUUUGGUCGUGGUAGGAAGCCAAUGACAUUAUAAAGAAACUACACCCUAAAAUGUAGUUUUUCGCAUACGAAACAGGCAAACAAGGCACAAACCACAUCAACCGUUUGACACAUGUAAAGUCGUAGUGGUUUUAAAGACUGAGUCAUGUGACAGUGUUUUUAAUGUCAAAAUCGUGAUAAAAUGCUUCUGAUUGUCGUCUAAAACGUUGCUUGGCAACCGGCAAAUAUUGCAUUUUCCUUGAUGCAGUAAAAUUGCUUUUCAUGUUUAAUUGAUGAUUCACAUCUACAAGCAAAUCUUAGCAAGACAGUUUUAUGUUUGCAUAUUAACGCAAUUCACCAUUAAUGAAGUCACCGCAUCAAGCGCAACGUUGAAAUUGAUUGGCAGAUUAUACAUCAUGGGGGCGGGCCCUCAUCAUACAUAGACUGACAUCAAAUAACAAAAAUCGAUAUUCUAUAUCCUGCCUGCCUGCCUGAUGUCUGGCAAACACGCAUUGCGGGGAAAAUAACAUAUUUGGUAGAUAGGACUAUGACAAUAACUAAAGAAAAAAUAGUUAAUAGGCCUACAGUAUUUUCGUAUGAAUUACGUCCUGUACAAUGUAAACAACGGUCAAAACGGAUGACACGUAAUAUGUCAAAAAAAAAGAAAGAAAAACAAAGAACAAUAUUAUAAUACCAUAGGUUAAUUUACAUUGUAUACGGUACCAAUUUAAAUUAUGAUUAACCUGUAAAAUGUUGGAGGGGUGUAUCUUGUUAUUGAACGAUUUCUGCGCCAUUGUUAAAGUAUAGAAAACUAAACAACAGGACCCUCUCCAUAGUAUUCUAGCUGGACCAUUAUUAUUUGUCUAUAUUUUUAAAUUUUAUAUACAAAAUCCAAUCUUGUAGCGCAUUAUUAUGUAUUGUAUCAGUGACUAUAUUUGCAUACUCUGUUCAAUAUGGGUCACCGUAAUUUUUGUUUCAUUUGACAAAAUGGUACGUAUAUUGUAACCCUUGACCUCCUUCUACAAGUUGCCAUGAUCGUUAAGUUUUUUUAUUGCACAACUGCGCUUGUCUGUAAUAAAACCGAGAGAUAAUUCUCCAUGGUAUUAGCAACUGA